AUGUCUGACUCAAUUCCACUUAUUCCCGGCCUGCCCGAUGAAGGUCGGCGUUUGCUACAACUUUUGCGAGAUCUUCCGUCGAACCCCUAUGAGCUUCUCGGAAAAAUUCCUAACGCAAUGCUGGAUUUUCAAGACAGCAUCAAUUCUCAUAACCGUGGUGCCUGUCUUGGCAUGCUGGAAACCAUUCUCAGCUGUUUGGAGUUACCAUUGCCUUUGGGACCGAUUGUGAAAGUGAUUGACAAAUUAGUCGAACCAAUGUCAUGGAAGGACUUGAAAGCUUUCGGCAUUGAUUCCUACCUGGCUACAGGUCUUCAGAAUCCGGCUCCAGAAUUGCAAUUAUACUGUUUAAAAAUGUGCAGACGAGCGAGUUUUGAAAAAUUGGAGCUUACUGAUUCACUCUUCACCACAGUGUUAACGAGCGUUAAUAGCGAACAAACGAAAGUGGCCGAAACAGCUAUAAAGUUGGUUGAAGAUGCGUGCAAAUAUGAACACUACUUCGAUGUACUGUUUCGCACGUUCGUUCCUCUUGACAUGGAAAUCAUGAACUCGGAGCUUCGUGUCCGUUGGCUCGAUUUGUUUACCAGACUUUCCGUUAACUCAGAAAAACAUUUUGAAAUGUUGAAAACAAAACAUGUUUUUGACCUUUCACGCACUCAUAAUGAUGCAUUACUGGAAUUGUGCUAUAUUGACACAUUAGGAAGAAUGGUUGAGGCACCACACACAUUUCACUUCCUGUCAGACGAGUCGGGUUUCCUCGACAGCACUAUUCAGCGUUACGUGUCCGAGUCAAACACUGUAUAUGUCAAUCACGUUGCUUUGCAUUUUUUACCUCAACUGACCACACAUCAGCCUGCUUGCUUAAAGCACCUUGACUCCAAGUUUCAUCUUUUCGAUGUUAUACGACAAAAAAUGAAGGGGUCUGACGACACUGCUUUUAUCGCAUAUGGUGUUUUGCUCGGCAAUAAAGAGGCAUGCUCCUUGUUGCGUGACAAGUAUGGCGUUCAGGAUGAACGUGAACGCUAUGCGCCGCUUUGGCUCUGCCGAAAGUUCUUGGUAGACGAGACGGGGUUGGGUGCGUUUGCGCAUGCGCUCCAACAGUCCGACCCUGAUCAGUGGAUGCAAUUAUGGCGGUGGAUGCCUCAUGAUACUAUGAUUACUCUUAUGCGACAAAGUAAUUCACCACUUGCGCGGAUGCGGCAGCUCGCAUUCCAAUGCAUCCUUCACAUAGCUAAACGCUCGCCUAUCCAAGUUGCCUCACAUGCCCGCGUACUCACUGAACUUUUAGACACGCGCGGAGAGCACGAGGCUAUUGUCUUGAAAUAUCAAGUAUUAAUGACUAUGCUGGAACAUUCAAACAAUGGUGAGAGUUUGCCUCUUGGAAAAUUCCGUGAGCCUAUUCUGAAGCGCGCGAAAGAAGGAGCAUACGGUUCAGGAACACCCUCACCCCGUGUUGCUGCAAAAACCGCUUAA